AUGGUGUCCUGUUGGGUUCUGGUUGGUGUCCUGUUGGGUUCUGGUUGGUGUCCUGUUGGGUUCUGGUUGGUGUCUUGUUGGGUUCUGGUUGGUGUCUUGUUGGGUUCUGGUUGGUGUUCUGUUGGGUUCUGGUUGGUGUCUUGUUGGGUUAUUGAUGUUGGGUUCUGGUUGGUGUCCUGUUGGGUUUUUGGUUGGGUUUCUGUUGGGUUCUGGUUGGUGUCCUCUUGGGUUAUUGAUGGUGUCAUGUUGGGUUCUGGUUGGUGUCCUGUUCGGUUCUGGUUGGUGUCUUGUGGGGUUCUGGUUGGUGUCCUGUUGGGUGCUGGUUGGGUUUCUGUUGGGUUAUUGUUGGUGUCCUGUUGGGUUCUUGUUGGGUUGAUGUUGGGUUAUUGUUGGUGUCCUAUUGGUUUUUUGUUGGGUUCUGGUUGGGUUUCUGUUGGGUUUUGGUUGGUGUCUUGUUGUGUUAUUGUUGGUGUCCUGUUGAGUUUCUCUUAG